AUGUCUGCUCUCAAUGGCGAGUCCUCAACCCCACAGGACUCGAGCCGAGCUCGGUCGGCCACCCUCACCAUCAACACCAAGAACACCCCGUCGCCCUCGCCCUCGACAACCGCCCGCCCCGCCAAUAUGAGCGCCCAGGACGCCGCCGCCCACGGGGGCCCCCACAGAAGCAACACCCACCAGAGCUCGACCCCGGAGCCAAGCCCCAUCCGCGAAGCCACCAACCCCGCCGACGUCCGCGCCGCCCUCGCCGCCCUCCACACCCGCGAGUCCGACCUCGCCCGCCGCCUCCAGACCAGCCUCGCCGCCCAGGCCGACCUGCGCCGGGACCUGGGGCGGCUGGACAACCUGCGCGCGGGGCUGGGCACGCAGGUCAUCGCCACGCGGUCCAUCAGCAACAACAUGCUCGCGGGCGCCGCCCACACGGCCGGGCGGCUGUCCGGGCGCGUGCGCGAGCUCGACCUGGAGAAGCAGCGCGUCGAGGAGACCCUGCGUGUCGUCGAGCAGGUCGCCGAGCUCAAGGCCUGCGUCGGCGGCGUCGUCUGGAGCAUGGGCGCCCCGCAGGACUGGGAGGCCGCCGCCGGCUACAUCGCCCGCGCCAGCAGGAUCCCCGAGGAGAUCAUCCGCGGCGGCUUCGCGGCUGCCACGGUACCCACGGUCGAGAUCCCCGACGCGCCGUGGGUCACGCUCGAGAACGCGAGGGAAAGCCUGUGCGGGCUGUUCCUGAGGGAGUUUGAGAAGGCGGCCAAGGAGGGCGACGGCACCAAGGUCACGCGCUUCUUUAAGCUGUUCCCUCUUAUCGGCAGGGGCGAUGUGGGACUGGACGUUUAUGGCCGUUAUGUCUGCCAGGGAGUGGCUGGGACGGCGAGACAGACCCUCAAGUCGGGCACCGGCGGCCACGGCGCACAGGACGGCUUCUUCUACGCGAAUGCGAUCACCAAGCUCUUCGAGCACAUCGCACAGAUCGUGGAGAGCCACGGAGGUUUGGUUGAGAGACACUACGGGUCUGGCAAGAUGGUCAAGGUCAUCGAGAGGCUGCAGAUGGAGGCAGACGUCCAGGGUGGCAUCAUUCUGGACUCUUGGAGUGACGAGAGAGGGGUGGACAGGAUGCUGACGGAUGUCAAGAGCUAUCCCUUCUCAUUCUUGGUGCAGAGCUUCUUACCACAGCAAAAGGGAAUGGCCGGCAUAUCAAGAGUGAACUCCCCAGCAGUGGGUGGCGGGACGAAUGACCCGAGGAACAGCGAGGAUGAGGGUGUCAACAUGAAGGAGGUGGACGGCUUGCUGAACGAGAUCGCUGUCAUGCUCGGGAGGUGGUCUCUCUACUCCCGGUUCAUUGCUGGGAAAUGCAAGGAGCCCGAUUCUCAAGAAGAUGCACCUCUUCAUACACCUGAACUGUUAACCAAGUCGAACCUGAGCCGCAAGGUCUCAGGGAAGCUGACCACGCCCUACAAUGUCAUGAGCACAUUCUUCUUCAGAAGAUCUGUGGAGAAGGCAUUCCAGAUAGACGAGAUGCCCAGCGGGCUAUCACUGAACGCACAGAAACAAUUGGAAGGCCAGCCUCCAUUUGUAAUUUCAGCUGUUGACGAUGUUAUGUACAUCGUCAACACAGUCAUACAAAAGACGCUUUCUACGCACCAGAGAGAGGCUGUCGGCUCUGUAUUGCCGACGGUCGGCCGGGUUCUGGGGUCAGAUUUUGUUGGCAUGGUGCAGAGGAAGAUGCGAGACGAAUCAUAUCCGAAGCCGGUAGUGCAAGGAGGAUUCCCACCGGAGGACAAGAUCAUAGCUUUCAUUGUCCUCAUCAACAGCUUGGACAUGGCCAACGAGUACCUGGAGAGGAUCAUAUUCACCUUCCUUGGGAAGUCGACAGAACGCACCAACGGCGCAGGGCCGCAGCCGGCGCUCGAGGACACGUUCCCGUUCGAGCACGAUGUCACCUUUGUCACUAAUGCACUGAACACGCUCCUGUCGAGCUUCACCUCGAAAACAACCGAGCUGCUGAGCGAAGGGCUGCAGGUCCUGGCCAACCAGGUGGUCAAGCUCCGGAUGCACCGGGUGCUCGCCGAGACGUUCCGUGAGGUGGACUACACGCUGAGCGAGGAGGACCUGGCGGAUAUGGCCGCAGCGGAGGACAUGGACGAGGACGAGCUGCUGGACCAGGUGGCGCGGCGGUUCGAGCACGGGUGGGACGCGUUGAUGAAGCCGAUCGCGCGCAUCAUGACGCCUAAGACGUUCAGCACGCUGCUGGACCUGACGGCGAAGCACCUCGCGCGAGUACUGGAGAAGCGUGCAUGGGGCUACUCCGGGCGCGCGAACGCGUUCGGCGUGAUUCGCAUGGAGCGCGACUUCUCGGCCAUCAUCAACGUCGUGUCCAAGGGCGGCAACUACAGCGUCAGGGAGCUCUUCGCGAAGGUGAGCCAAGUGCUGAUGGUCGCCAACAUGGAGGACGAUGAGUGGGAAGAGAUCAUGGGCGACACCUCAGACGAGGGCAUCCAGUGGGUCCUGAGUGAGGAGGAGAGGAGGAGGGCGCGCAGCUUUGUCAGGACAUGA